GCCUAGCCUAGCCGGCUAACUUUGCUAAUCUGAUUUAUCGGUCUGAGUUAAGCGCACGUAAACGUUAGCCAGGAUUACCAAUUUUAGUUAUCCAUAUCUUAAAUUUAACGCAAUACCUACUCAACAUCAAAUACGACAAGCGAUGGCGUCACUCGGGGAACCCGUGCGACUGGAAAGAGAUAUCAACCGUGCUAUCGAGCUGCUUGAUAAACUCCAGAGGACGGGGGAAGUGCCUCCCCAGAAGCUGCAGGCGCUACAGAGGGUCUUACAGAGUGAAUUCUGUAACGCCGUCAGAGAAGUUUACGAACACGUGUAUGAAACGGUGGACAUCAACAGCACUCCUGAGGUCAGAGCCAACGCCACAGCUAAGGCUACGGUGGCAGCUUUCGCAGCGAGCGAGGGACACUCACAUCCUCGUGUCGUGGAACUGCCCAAAACAGAAGAAGGUCUGGGUUUCAAUAUCAUGGGCGGAAAGGAGCAAAACUCCCCUAUUUACAUCUCGCGAAUCAUCCCGGGAGGCAUCGCCGACCGACACGGAGGCCUGAAAAGAGGCGACCAGCUCCUCUCCGUCAACGGGGUGAGCGUGGAAGGCGAGCACCACGAGAAAGCCGUGGAACUCCUCAAAGCUGCUCAGGGCACGGUGAAGCUGGUUGUGAGGUACACCCCCAAGGUCCUGGAGGAAAUGGAGUCACGCUUUGAGAAAAUGAGGUCAGCGAAGCGCCGGCAACAGAACAACUAUCCCCAGUAGGAUUUUUUUCCGAGUUGAUGCCCAGCUCCCAUGUCUCUCCUCCUCUAGCCCUCUGGCCAUCUGUUCUGGUCUCUUUCUUAUCUCCCUGCCCAUUAAAAAAAAAACAAACAUGCCCAAGUUUAGUUUUAGCUCCUACCCACACUUACUGUAUAAUGUGCUUCAACACUCUUCUGUAGCAUCUUUUGAUAUCCACCAUUGUUACUGUAGACACUACGACUCUAGAUGAACACUAGAACCAUCAUGAUUGUCAGCGUGCGUCGCACCGUGUGCAAUUACUUUGACAAUUUGAAUGAGUACUUUUAGACACAAACUAUACAACUUCUUUGACUGGAAACUGAGGUAGUGUUUUUAAUUCUUUUAUCACAGCCACUACCAAGUGCCUCAGGGCAAAACACGUUUAUCUUAUGUACUGUUCUCUCAUUUCUUUUUUUGUCUUUUUAAACAGUUUGAGUACCGGCGAUUAAAUGCUUGUGGCAGGAAUUACUACACGCUUUUCAUCCGUUCAUCCGCACAUUUCAUGUAGUGCAUAGUGUAGGAUAUGUAAACGUCCUUUAAUCGUGCAACGGCUCCACGGACGCGUCGGGAACAGGGAAGUUUUGUAGUAGGAGUCGGCCACAGUUUACAUUCAAGUACGUUUCGGUAACAGGCGAAAAAACCACAGUGAUGCCACUUCAGAUUCCUACAGUGAUGGAUUAUCGUUAAGGUUUUUCUCCGGGGCGUCCGCCGUCUUUUGAGUUUUUCUAGCGUCACCGCCGCGCUAUAAAAAGCUCAGCAGCUACUGUAAGUGAUGUAAUGGGGUCUCGGCAGCUCAUGAACUAAAUUUGCUGCCACCGCGGAGACUCUUAUUUUUUUACUUUUUAUCAAAAUAAUAAAACCUUCGCAAGUUUAAACUCCGGAGUCAGCGCGACACGAGAUGAAAACCCCGCGAUUAAUUUGUCUUGACACAAAUAAGGAAUGUGCCCCCCCCCCUUAAACCCCACCACAUUUUUAUUUUUUGUUUUGAGUCGGUUACCUAACGUUUGUCUUUGAUCUCUGAUAAAAAUUGUUUGCAAUGAAAGUAAAACUAGACGUUUGUAAUAUCAGUCGAAUCAUGUCAAACUCUCUGUUCACGAUAAUGCCUGAUGUGACCUCUCAUCACUCUUUUAAUGAAUGAAACUCACUGACUCGAGACUCUACAACAACAUUUGGUGUUUAAUGCUGUAAAUCUGUUUGCACUGGUUUAUCACUCAUUGUAUUUUUAACAUUUUGUGACUGUCUUGCAUAACAAAAGUGUGGCUUAAAUGAAACGUUCAUGUGGAUUGUUUUUUUUUUGUUUUGUUUUUGUUUUUUUUUAAUUAUCCUGGAAAUCGGUCACGUUUUAUUGAGGGUUGGUUUUCAAAGCAGAACACGACAUAAAUGUGAGGAUAUGUUUAAAAAAAAAAAAACAAGAACAAAACAAAAAAAACAUACAGGACAUUUAUGUAAUUUACAGCAAUAAUUUUUAAAAAAAAUGUCACAGAUUUAUUCUCUGUCUCGACACUUUUGUCAUUUUUUCUUUCACCAUCGCUGACAAAUGUCUGCACCUUUUUCGACACUCCGUAUGUAAUAUACAUAUUUAAAUAUAUAUAAACUGCACAUCCUGUUACAAAUGAGACUGAUGAUGAUAAGAAUGAUAAAGACAAAUGUUUUCUUACUGAUUACUGCCAAAUGAGUUUGUUGUGGACGGCUAAGACGGCGUGGACUCGGUAAACUCCCACAUUCACACAAACAACACCUACACACUCUGAAUAUUUCAUAGAGCUGAAGUACCUGCAUGUUUCACACUGAUACGAGAAAACGACUAAACUUUUGUGGAUUAUUAAUAUUAAAUAAACCUUUUUUUUUUCCUGAAUGAGAAGCUACAUGUCAAUCAAACAAGCUGACGAGGCAAGAAAGAAACCCCCCCUCAUCCUUAAAUCUCCCACUAAGAAUAAAAAGGAAUGUGAUUUAUUUGUAAGGGUUUAUUGUUUUCAUGGUGGAUGUGAUAUUCCCAGGCUUUAGCUGACUGAGCCGUGCUACAUCCCCGGUGUGAAGGACCUAAACGUAGUUUGUGAUGCAUAAAUGAGACGGUGGACGAAGAAAAAACACUUGAGCCGCUCUUUCUAGGUUCGUUCUCUGAUCUCGAACCGUGAGUUUUGUCAUAAUAAGCAGAUAUCCAGUGUGGUGUGACGUAACGCCUGCUUACGUAGUCGUACAGUUUUUUUUUUUUGGGAUCAAAGCGUUUGAAAGUAGGUCGUUGCUUUUGUGGUGUAGUUGCCUCCUCUGCUUUCUCUUUCCUUCAUUUGGCGUUUCUGUUAUUUUAUCCACCACCUCAAAUUGUAGAUAAUCGGAAUUAGAAAAAUCUAUAAUGCACCUGUGGGCGUUCAGUGAUCCGAGACGUGGGGAUUCUCUCUUUAUUUAGACCGUUUGUCCUUAAAAGGAAGAUUAUUGUACAUCCUUAAUGCACUGAAAUCCUCACCAAGUGCUAAACAGCAUUGGUUAGCGAAGAUGGGAUAACAAUCACGCAAUAACUGGAACUUUAAAUGAACUUUGCAGAAGUAAAAAUCUGGGACUUUUGUCUGUUCCAGUCAAAUCUUAGUCCAGAUUUCACACUUUGAAUGUCCGAUUUUCUUCACUCGAGUCAUUUUUAACAAAAUGUACGUGCUUGAAAAAAAUGCUUUAAAUAUUGCAAGAACAAAAAAAAAAAAAAAAGUGCACACAUCCCGGUUGUAGUUAGUGGAUGUGCUCACUGUAAUACAUCAAGAAAACUGCUGAAACUGUGGAACAAAGGAUAAGAAAUGAAAACACACCUACACUACUGUAAAAAAAAACAACAAAAAAAAAACAAAUGCAAAUCCUUUAUCUAUGCAACGUCAAAACUCUAUCGGUGCAGACAGUUCAAAGUCGCCAUGAACCAGAGAUAGAACAGGCCACGCCCCCCUCUCCCUCUCACAAAAAAAUAGAUCCGUUCUGAUUGGUCGGCUCCAGUGGCCUGAGCAGGCUCCGCCCCUUUAUGUCGGAGCCAAAGGCCUGGAGACGGCGUAGCCUACGCCAGCGUGAGUCUUUUAUACCCGUGUGUUCGUCAGUAACAACGACAAACACUGGUCGGUGCUGUGUCUUUUUUUUUUUUUGUCAGUUUUGUUUCUACUUCGUGUUUCACUUUGAACAGUUGCUUCGUUUCUGUCAUUACUCCUAGAAAUGCGCAAAAACCUGAAAGACGCGAUAAAAAAAAAAUGAUAUUGGAAACGCCUACGCAAAUAUCUAAAGCUAAAACACUUUAACGCUCUCGUGAGUUGGUUUUUCAGACGUGUCGAUAUAAAAAGUGUAUCGCAAAAGUGCAAUUGGAAACGCGUUGUUCGCAAUUGACCCACAAGUCCAUCCUCCGCAAAGUCCAGUCUCUCUGGUGUGACGGGAAUUUAAGAGAAUUAUGGGAUAUCGCGAGAUGAGACUUUACGGGAGUCGCAGCUUAUUCCCAAAACAAAAAAAAAAUAUAAAGUAUUAAAAUUUCAGAAAUAUCGCUUUUAAAAUAUAAUGGAAACAAGGCUAAUUGCGACUGAAACUUUUUUUUUCCCUCCGAUCACGAGUCCUAUAAACGUCUGUACCUCCAGACUUCCUCGGUUAACAUUUACUUACCGAUUCUUAAUUGGUCCAAAACAAUCAUUGUGAAAACUGCAGAGAUGGAGACGCAGCCGGAAAUACUAAACAGGAAAUACGCCUCCUAGUUCAGGAUGAGCCAUCAACGUUUUUCCUAUCGUUGUCCAGGAAAUUAAACCCUAAAAUACUAUUAAUACUACGAUCAGAAAACUUUUUUAUUGUCAAAGUCAUGUCCUGGCGCAUGUAAUCAUAUAAAAACCCAGACUUUGACGUCGUGGGGACUUUAACGCUGCGUGGACAAACUCGUGGCGAUGAAACAUUGUUAGGAGACAUUUAUAGAGAAUGUAACUUAAAACCUACACGUGAUAUUAACCUAAAAGUCAGAAUAUUUUUAGAUUUGUUUCCUUAUUUAUGGGCCGUAUAUAACAGACUGUAAUGUAGUGUUGAUGUACAUUGUGCUAUGACUCCUCCCAUUGGAACCUUAUCAUAACUACAUUAUUGUGUGUUACAUAUAUAUUUUUAAAUAUAUUUGUACACUGAUAUACAUUUUGAAAUGCUAAAAAAACAUUAAAAAUAAAUAACGAGGGAUUUAAAGUGAAGCGCUAGUGUAAAAGUGAAGGGGUUUGAGUAUAGUUUCUGUUUGAGGCAGAAAAGUCUGGUUGUACAUAAAAAGUCUUAAUAUAAUGUAUAGUUUUUGUUUUUCCUUAACUGUUUUAUUCAACAUUACGUAGCCGUAGAUUCACUCCACACACACACUAAUACUUACAUACAUGUCUAGGGAAUCAGGAAGAAGCUGUAAUGAGACUUGGUUUUCAUAUUGCACAGUCACUCUCCACUGAAUGUCACUGACCAUCGUCGAACUUUAGUUGCAACCUUUUAUCGUGAAGUAACCGUCGACUUUCUACCUGUUUUUCCUUGUCUAUAUAUAUUGGAACGGUCAAUAGAGUAUUUUUUUAUAAUGGUUUUCUUUUUUGAUAUUUUUCUCAAUUUUUAUAAGUGAAUUUCCUAAAAAAAAAACAAACACCAGGAACGAUCGGUACUUCCAUUUUAACCGUACCAGGUCCGCGCCAUUAAACCGCCGGCGCCGGUUUCUGUCACCGUGGGUCCGCGUUGAUCUUCCUUUUUCUCUCUCGGACCCGAGACCAAACUUGCAGCAGCAUUUGUGAAAAUUUUGAUAAUGUUUUGAAGAUGUUUUAGUCUGUGCUUAUUUAAUAAUAAUAAUAAUAAUAAUGAUAAUAAUAAUGCCUGUGUAGCCCGUGUUGUGUUAUUUUAUGUUCUCUGGUUUGUUGUUAUCUGAUUUACUGUCUCACACAAUCUGGAAUGUGAAAUUGUUGUGACGUAGAACUUAAAAGAUAGUUGGACUGGAAGCUCAAUAAAACCCGUGCUUGCAUUUAAAAAA